AAGACGGCUCGUGAGGGUGGGUCCACACUCUGCACGCCCAGGAAGCGAAUCGGUCUCGAGACUGCGGCCGCCGCACUAACAUGUCCACCCGAGUUUAGUGUUCUCGCCUUCGCCUACACUUAGAGUUUACAGUUGUAAUCAUGCCGAAUGCAGUUGUAUGAUGUCGGAUGGUCGCACUCAUGAGGUUCACGAGGGAUAUCUACCGGCUGCUGGGGCUCGCGAGCGACGCCAGUGAGCAGAGGGAGGAGAACAUGGAGACUGAAGUUGCUGCUGAUGCUGAACUUGCUGCUGCCCCACAGGAGGUGGUGAGUGGGGAGGAGGAGCUGAGUGAAGAGGAGAAAGCCAGACGCCGAGCAGAGAGACGCAGAGCCAAGAGGAAGAGGCAGAAAGAAAGGAAGAAGCUUGAGAAAGACAAGCAGAACGAGAACGUGGAGCAGGAGGAGGAGUCAGGAGAUGAGAGGCGCGGCCAAUCAGAAGAGGAGGAUGAGGAGCCAGAUGAGGAAGAGGAAGUGAUGCCACAGAAAGAGGAAAAGGCUAAACAUAAAGCACAGGGGCCAGCAGUGAAGGAUGCGGUCCUUGCUCCACCCCCAACCAGGAAGUCUUCUUUAGGCCCGCCCCUUGCAUCCGGUAGCAGAGCCAACCGGCAGCCCACAGAAGAGGAGCCAGAAUGGGACGUGAGCAGUGCGUUCGUGGCGAGUGUGUGUGCCGUGAGCCACCUGAAGCCUAAAGCCAGGAGCCAAUCAGCACGCGGCAGCCGCGAGAACAAGGAGAACCAGCGCCGACCACAGACCAAUUGCCCUGACAGUGGGACAAAGAAAAGCGCUUACCUCACAGAAAAGGGCAUCCAGCUGGUUCAGGAGGGCCACUAUUCUCAAGCUGUCACCAUGUUUACAGAAGCCAUCAAACACGACCCGCUAGAUUACAGGUUCUUUGGUAACCGUUCGUACUGUUAUGAGUGUCUUGAAGACUAUCGGCAGGCGCUUGGCGACGCUGAGACUUCCAUCCGACUGGAGCCGUCGUGGCCUAAAGGGUAUUAUAGGAAGGGGUCCGCUCUCAUGGGACUCAAGAGGUAUGCUGAGGCGGAGCGUGCGAUGGAGCAGGUGCUGGCGUUGGAUCAGCAGUGUGAAGAGGCAGCCAACGAACUGUUCAACUGUAGAGUACUGCAACUCAUGGACCAUGGCUUUGAGGAGAUGCAGAGUGUGAUGCUGUUGGAAAAAUACACAACUGUCCAGGCAGCUCUCUCCUCAGUAGAGGCAACAGUGCCAUCCAAUGAGUCUUCAGACCAGACUGGGGGUCCAUCUCUGUGGGUUGGCAAUGUCACUACAGAGCUGACAGAAAAACACCUGAAGGACCUCUUCAAAACGUGUGGGGAGAUAGAUAGUGUCCGUGUGCUCCAUGAGCGCUUCUGUGCCUUCGUCAACUACAAGACACCCACUAUGGCAGCUAGAGCACUGGAACGACUUAAUGGCUACAGUAUUGAAAACACUCGGCUGGUCGUCCGCUAUCCUGAUCGCCGCGUCCAGAGGCCCCUCCCACUUACUUCCCUUAAGCCGAUGGCCACUCUCACCGCUGCUGAGGCUUCUGGAGCCAGGCGCCGCGGUCCAGUGAAUGGAGACGAGUGUUAUUUUUGGCGUACGACGGGUUGCCACUUCGGGGAGAAAUGUCGCUACAAACACAUUCCUGAGCAGCGGGGGAAAGACCGCCGGCCCUGGCAACCCUAACCAGCCCCAAACUACACACAAUAUUACUACAGAUCUGGCAAACCUAAACUACACAAAAUAUGUCUGCACAUGUGACAACUGUGGCAAUAUUAUGACAUAUUUAGUAACCCUAAACCAGCCCCAAACUACGCACAAUAUAUUACUACAGAUUUGGCAACCCCAAACUACACGCAAUGUUUCUGCACAUGUGACAACUGUGGCAAUAUUAUUACGUAUCUAGCAACCCUAACCAGCCCCAAACUACACACAAUAUUACUACAGAUCUGGCAUCCCUCACCAGCCACAAACUGCAAGCACAUUUCUGCACAUGUGGCAACAAAUGCCAGCCCCAAACAACACACAAUGUAACUGCAGAUCUGGCAGGUUUCUUCAAAUCUGACCACUCCAGUCCCAUACUGCAGAUUUGGCAACACUAAUCAAUCCCCUACAACUGGCAUUGCAAUUACAAAUCUGGCAACCGCGACCAGCCCCAAACUACAGGCAUUAUGAUUUCAGAUAUGGCAACCCUAACAAGCCCCAAACUAAAGGUGUAGCAUAGCAACAGUCACCACCUCCAAACUACAUUACAGGUCUGGCAACCAUUGCCAGCCCUGAACUGCAGGCAUUAUAACUAGAGAUAUCACAACCCCUGAACUCUACCCACAUUCUGUCACUUUCAACACAGCUGUCAAACUGGACCUGUGUGUGUGUGUGUGUGUGUGUGUGUGUGUGUGUGUGUGUGUGUGUGUGUGUGUGUGUGUGUGUGUGUGUGUGUGUGUGUGUGUGUGUGCGCGCGCCUU